AUGCCCGUUGUACAAGUGACGCUGACAUGGUUGAUUGCCAGUGUCAUGGGCCGCACAGGAACCGGGAAAACUACAUUUGUCAAUACCGCGACUGGUUCGCACCUAGCCGUUGGUUCCUCGCUGUCGUCCCAGACACGUUCCAUCCAGCUGUCAAGACCAGUCAAGAUCGACUCGAAGCGUGUAAUUCUGAUUGACACACCCGGGUUGGACAUGACUACCAAGUCCACUGAGGAGGUCGUGCAAUUAGUGGGUGCGUUUUUGACAAAGAUGCGCAGGAAGGGCUCUGUCUUGCAUGGCACAAUUUAUCUCCACAGGAUCUCUGACAGUCGCAUGGGCCACGUAGCGCUGGAGAGCCUCAUUGCCUUUCGAGACCUGUGCGCCCAGGAGGCGCUGGCCAACGUCGCCAUCGUGCUCAGCAUGUGGGAAGACGUCAAUCACAGCGUGCGAGAAACGCGGAAGUACGCACUUUGCACUCGCAAGGCAUAUUUCAGGCCCAUCAUGGACGCCGGUGCCGUCAUCUUCCACCACGACAGGACGGCGAAGUCCGCGCGCGAGAUUGUCAGACACCUCGUCGCGAAUGCGCCACAGCCACUACAGUUCAGUCCAGACAUCCGCAAGCAAGCAGAAUAUGAUAUCAAACCUUCAAUGCGAACGUCAGUUGCACGAGCAUCGCAGUGCUCGUGGCAAUCGGAAGCGCCUGUCAUCAGGGUUGCUCUGAACGCGGCGUCCCGCACGGACAUCGACGACAAGGACGGUCCUGUCAUAUCUCCGCUAGAGCUCCCAUUUGACGAUGAGAAGAAACAUCGGCCACUGGCUCAGAGCGGGCUUCCCAGUCCAAGUUCAGCCAGGCGAGGCUGCCGGCCACGAAUGCGACGAGUGACUAAAGCAAUCAAGAAGUUCCUCGAAAUGACAUUCUUACGACACGAGACGGCUGCAUGACGCUACACGCUCCUAUGGGGGCGGGUCCCCCACGAAUUCUUUACGACCCUCCACACGAAUUCACGAAGCUUGGCAGAUAUCUUUAGUACGAUGACGACGAGUCAUGCAGGAGACGGAUGACUUACGUUCACGAUGGGCAAACAAUAUA